GUUUCCGGCGCUGUCCAUGCGGACUUGAGAAGAAGCAGUUGUGAACCCGGUAACGGCCGCGGGUUAGGGGAGGCGGCGGUGGUGGGGUCCCGGGACCUGGGGUUCUAAGAGCUUUGCUAGUCGCACUUGGCGAGGUCCUUCAGGACAGUCUUUGCCCCCAAAGAGCGCCUCAGGCGCUCAGGUGGAGAGUCACACGUCGUACCUGCCGGAGACUUGCUGCGAGGUCGUUGGGAAUGGCUGAAUGAAUUCGUGCGGAGAGUCGGCACAGAGUGGGGAGGUGACAAGGAGAAGUGAGAAGUUUUUUCUUGGCGGGGUAAUCCUAGCAGGUGGCUCAGACCUGAGCUACAUCUGUUGAUUCCCAGUUGUGCUUUUCCCAUCCCUCUCCGCCUCCCCCCACCCCGUCCUGAAAGUGCGAAAAGUGUCAGUACAAGUUCGGGACCAAAACAAAGUAGAGAAGAAAAAUAAUGCCCCGAAAUCACACAGCUGUUUAGUUUCAAAGCGUUCCCUGAACUCGGCUCCCCUCACUCCUGGGUAGUGUUUCUUGACGUUAUGCUGGUAUAUACGUGGACUUUCUGUUUGCGCUGGUGCGUGCCCGUGGGAAAUCUCUGAUCGCCUUAGUACAGCCUUCUGACUUCGCCCUUACUGCGUGGCAUGGAAGAUAGUGGUUUGGAUUUCCUUUGCUAGUCAGGUUAGAGUUACUUGUGAAUUGGUAAAAAGCCACUAUGGAGACUAAGGACCAGAAGAAACACAGAAAGAAAAACAGUGGGCCCAAAGCUGAGAAGAAGAAGAAACGGCAUCUGCAGGAUCUCCAAAUUGGAGAUGAGGAAGAUGCCCGGAAGAGAAACCCCAAAGCCUUUGCAGUACAGUCUGCUGUGCGGAUGGCUCGAUCCUUUCACAGGACUCAGGAUUUGAAGACCAAAAAGCAUCACAUUCCGGUGGUUGAUCGAACUCCAUUAGAGCCCCCACCAAUAGUGGUAGUGGUGAUGGGGCCUCCAAAAGUUGGAAAGAGCACUUUGAUCCAGUGCCUAAUUCGGAACUUCACUAGGCAGAAACUGACAGAGAUCAGAGGCCCUGUUACGAUCGUGUCAGGUAAAAAGCGCAGACUUACCAUCAUUGAAUGUGGGUGUGACAUUAAUAUGAUGAUUGAUCUGGCUAAAGUGGCAGAUUUGGUUCUGAUGCUUAUAGAUGCCAGCUUUGGUUUUGAAAUGGAAACAUUUGAGUUUCUAAACAUCUGUCAAGUACAUGGCUUUCCUAAAAUUAUGGGCGUUCUCACUCACUUAGAUUCCUUUAAGUAUAAUAAACAACUGAAGAAGACAAAGAAGCGAUUAAAACACCGGUUCUGGACAGAAGUUUACCCGGGUGCUAAGCUGUUCUACCUUUCUGGAAUGGUACAUGGAGAAUAUCAAAACCAAGAAAUUCACAAUCUGGGCCGUUUUAUUACAGUUAUGAAGUUUAGGCCUCUUACGUGGCAGACCUCUCAUCCCUAUAUCCUGGCAGACAGGAUGGAAGAUUUGACAAACCCAGAAGAUAUUCGAAAAAAUAUCAAGUGUGACCGAAAAGUAUCUCUUUAUGGUUAUUUAAGAGGAGCACACUUGAAAAGUAAAAGCCAAAUUCACAUGCCAGGUGUAGGAGAUUUUGCUGUGAGUGAUGUCAGUUUCCUCCCAGACCCCUGUGCGCUUCCUGAACAACAAAAGAAGCGCUGUUUAAAUGAGAAAGAGAAGUUGGUUUAUGCGCCGCUGUCUGGAGUUGGUGGUGUGCUGUAUGACAAAGAUGCGGUCUAUGUUGAUCUUGGUGGCAGCCAUGGCUUCCAGGAAUCGGACGAGGUGAGGCCCACCCAUGAACUGGUACAGAGCCUCAUUUCCACCCAUUCCACUAUUGAUGCCAAGAUGGCUUCAAGUAGAGUGACACUUUUUUCUGAUUCUAAACCACUGGGAUCUGAGGAUAUAGAUAAUCAAGGACACUGGAUGCCAAAAGAAGAAAGGCAGAUAGAUUUGGAAACCGGUCGAGUGCGUCGGAAAGCCAUUUUUGGAGAUGAGGAAGAUGAGUCUGGAGAUAGUGAUGAAGAAGAUGAUGAAGAGAUGUCUGAAGGCGACAGGUUGGAAAAUGGCUCUAGUGCUGAUGAAUCGGAAGAGGAAGCAGAUGCUGAAAUGACUAAUAAAAUGUAUAUGGUGGGUAAAGGUGUCAAACGGCAGAGACUUGAGGAGAUGGAAGAAGACAAUGAGGUGGAUUUGCCAGCAUUUGCUGAUAGUGAUGAUGACCUUGAGAGGAGUUCAGAGGAAGAAGGAGACGCAGAGGAAGCUGAUGAAAGCAGUGAAGAAGAGGAUUCCACUUCAGGAGAGAGGGAUAGUUUAGAAUCUAGGGUUGUUGGAGACCGUGGUAAACCAGGACUUUUACAAACUAAUGGUUUGAGUGACAGUUUGAAUCUGGAGAAUCCUUUGACAAUCAGAAAAGCAACCCUCACCACUUCAGAUUCAGGUCAUUGCACAGCUGAAGAGGCAUUUGCAUCUGGGGAUGAAACUGAAGAAAGCUCCUCUCUCAGUACAGAGGACGAGGACUCAGAAAAUGAAGAGGCUAUUAAGAAAAAGUUUCCAGAGUCUUCUAAAGUGGCCAGUGGUCAGAGACUGGGGUCAGAGAACUUAAUUGAUGAGACCAGUGAUGUAGAAGACUUACUCAAAGAGGAAGAAGAUUACAAGGAAGAAAAUAACUAUUCCACAGAAACUUCAGGCGCUCUCAAGUGGAAGGAAGACCUUUCCAGAAAGGCAGCUGAGGCCUUUCUGAGGCAGCAACAGGCAACUCCAAACCUUCGAAAGCUUAUUUAUGGGACAGUGACAGAGGACAAUGAAGAAGAAGAUGGUGAUACCAGGGAGGAACUCGGAGGAUUGUUCCGUGUCAGCCAGCCUUCAAGAGAAUGUAAGCACAAGCUUGAUUCUUUGGACUGCUCCAGAUUUCAUGUGGAGGCGCCCCAUGAUUGGGAUUUAGAGGAGGUCAUGAACAGUAUCAGAGAUUGCUUUGUGACUGGGAAGUGGGAAGAUGAUAAAGAUGCAGCCAAGAUCUUAGCAGAAGAUGAAGAGCUCUAUGGUGACUUUGAAGACCUGGAAACAGGGGAUGUACACAAGGGAAAACCAGACCCAGAUACUCAGAUUGAAGAUGUAGAAGAAGUUAAGGAAGAAAUUGACCCCAAUGCAGAGGAAAGUGCCAAGAAAAAGCAUUUGGAUAAAAAGAGAAAAUUGAAGGAGAUGUUUGAUGCAGAAUAUGAUGAAGGAGAAAGCACAUAUUUUGAUGAUCUUAAAGGAGAAAUGCAUAAACAAGCACAGCUUAAUCGAGCAGAAUUUGAAGAUCAAGAUGAUGAAGCCAGAGUUCAAUAUGAGGGUUUUCGACCUGGGAUGUAUGUUCGAAUUGAGAUAGAAAAUGUCCCCUGUGAAUUUGUGCUUAACUUCGACCCCCAUUACCCAAUGAUUUUGGGUGGUUUGGGCAAUAGCGAAGGCAAUGUCGGAUAUGUACAGAUGCGUCUGAAGAAACAUCGUUGGUAUAAGAAAAUCCUCAAGUCCCGAGAUCCAAUCAUUUUCUCUGUGGGGUGGAGGAGGUUUCAGACCAUUCCACUCUAUUACAUCGAAGACCACAAUGGGAGACAGAGGCUUCUAAAGUACACUCCACAGCACAUGCAUUGUGGAGCAACUUUUUGGGGUCCUAUUACUCCACAGGGAACUGGGUUCUUGGCAGUACAGUCUGUUAGUGGCAUAAUGCCUGAUUUCCGGAUAGCUGCCACAGGAGUUGUCCUUGAUCUGGAUAAAUCCAUAAAAAUUGUGAAGAAAUUAAAGCUAACUGGUUUUCCAUAUAAAAUUUUCAAGAAUACAUCAUUCAUUAAGGGAAUGUUUAAUUCUGCUUUGGAAGUGGCCAAAUUUGAAGGUGCUGUGAUUCGAACUGUCAGUGGCAUAAGGGGACAGAUCAAGAAAGCACUUCGGGCUCCAGAAGGAGCUUUCCGGGCCAGCUUUGAGGAUAAGUUGUUGAUGAGUGAUAUUGUCUUCAUGAGGACUUGGUAUCCCGUCUCCAUUCCAGCCUUCUAUAACCCAGUGACUUCUUUGUUGAAACCAGUUGGUGAGAAAGACACCUGGUCAGGAAUGCGGACCACCGGUCAACUCCGGCUUGCCCAUGGUGUCCGACUAAAGCCCAACAAGGAUUCUUUGUAUAAGCCAAUCAUGAGGCAAAAGAAACAUUUUAAUUCACUGCACAUUCCAAAAGCCUUGCAGAAGGCCCUGCCAUUUAAGAACAAGCCCAAGACCCAAGCAAAGGCAGGCAAGAUACCGAAGGACAGGCGGAGACCAGCCGUCAUACGGGAACCUCAUGAAAGGAAGAUCCUUGCACUGCUGGAUGCUCUAAGUACGGUGCACAGUCAGAAGAUGAAGAAGGCCAAGGAACAACGGCAUUUGCACAAUAAAGAACACUUCAAGGUGAAGCAGAAGGAGGAAGAAGAGAAACUGAAGCGACAGAAGGACCUCAGGAAGAAGCUCUUCCGAAUUCAGGGUCAAAAAGAAAGGAGAAAUCAGAAGUCCAGCCUGAAGGGGUCUGGGGAGCCAUCAAAAUGAGCUUUAAACAGAUAGUCUUUGCAUCUGCAGAGGUGGAUGGUUUCAAAUACUACAGUACCUGUAAAUGACAGCAGGGCACUGGAGCCCAAGGAAGACCCCUUUGUUGGAUAUGUUGGCCAGACCGUGCCUUUGAGAAGAGAAAUGGAGACUCAGCUGAUAGGACGCCCAUUCAUUCUCAGAGCCUAGGUUGUGUCAAGAUUUAAAGCAAUAUUAUUUAUGGUUUUGUAGAUUCCUUCACAUUCCUCUUACCUUAGUUUUCAUUUUUUGUGCUACAAAAAUAUUACUAAAAUACUUAAUUUUGGCUUAAUAGUUUUCAUCAGGGAUGAAUGCUUGAUGAUUGUGGAUAAAUUGCUGAUUCUGCCAUCCUCAUGAUGCGUCCUCCAAAGGGGAAAAAAUAUUAACUUGAAAACUCAGCUUUCAAAUGUUAGAAAGGAGUGUGUGGUUCAGUGCACAGCUGUUUCCCAGAGGCCAUGUGAUGGGUAAUAGCGCAACAGGCUGACCUGACUGCACAUAGAAGAAUCCAGCUGCUUCUAUUAAUUUAUGUCACCAUAUAUGAGGCUAGUUUUGAUCUGUUAAAACAAAUUAAUAAAAAAAAUAUUUUAAAAUUU